AGUUCCUCCUUUCUUUCCCUUUUCCCGCUGGCCGCUAGACGCUACAGUACAUACCUCGUCCACUUCAGUCCUGAACGCUGGACCUGUGAACGCUGGACCUGGAUGCACUGAUCACCCGCCUUCCCAGCCGUGCCUUCCCGUCAAACACCCAAAUCUCAAACUCCCCCAGUCCACGUCCCAUCCUGGCAACUGCCACAACACCGGCCUCGCUGCCCACGCCAACUGGUACCAUCCCGACGACCCUUUGCGUCUCACCCGACAACCAACAACAAUUUAUCUUUCCCAGUUCCCUCUCGCGCACCAUCGACCCCAAAUAUCGACCUAUCGUCGUCACCUACUCGCGACUUGCCGCAUGUAUUGAGCCACUGCAUCCGAGUUGACCCAACGACUUCCCUCACGAGCCUGCAUCCCUCCCCCCAAGGCUCGUCGCCCUGCGUGCCUUUGCCUCGUCGCCUUUUCCGCAAUGGCCGACGCCAACCCAGCCGACGUCAACAUGAGCAGUGCUCAACCAGUCAAGGGCUCAUUGGCCGAGUCCAAGGACGCCGUACCCAUGAAGACACUGCCGCAGUCCUCAUUGACAGACGCCGAUACCAUAGCUGCCUCCAAUACAGCAAAGACAACAGCGACAACGACUUCAUCGAACCAUGGGGCCAGCAGCAAUACUGCCACGGAUAGUGCCACUGCAGUCCCGGCAACCAGCGACGCCAGCGAUUCAAUCGAACCAUCCGCCAAAGGGAAGGAGAAGCAAUCCGCACCCCCGCAAGUGGACAAGAACCAAGAUGACGCCAUGGCCAUUGGCCCUUCCGUUGAUGAUGUCCAAUCCGUCAGCAACGCCCCAUCAGAUGGCCCAGUCUGUAACAUUACACUACUGUUAACAACUGGCGCGCGACACCCCUAUAAGCUAGACGAGAAGUACCUGACAAAGAGGAACGUGAACGUCCCGGGGCUUACCGAGGCAGGAAAGAAGGACCCCUUUACCAUCAGCGUCUACACGUUAAAGGAGUUGAUAUUGCGGGAGUGGCGUGAAGAAUGGGAUCCCAAGCCGGCAAGCCCCAGCAGCAUACGGCUGAUUCACUUCGGAAAGCUUCUGGACGACAAGGACCAGCUGAAGCAAUAUCACUUCAGCGCAGAGGCAGCCAAUGUUGUGCACAUGACAGUCCGGCCAGCUGACAUCGUUGAAGAGGAAGAGCCCAAGGGAGGUAAUAAGUCAGCUUCCGGCGGUGGUCGCAGCCGAGAAGGCGGUAGCGGAUGCUGUGUCAUUUUAUGAUGGAAACGGCUCACAUGCGUUUUCUUUCUGCGACCAUCAUCUUUUCCACUCACAAAGAGCCAUUCCUUUUUUAUCUAUUUUUUUUUUUUUUGCCCCAGAGCGAAGAGUGCGCAUGGAAGAAGGUCCAGCGAGGAGGACCUGUCUGAUUUAACCAGGGGGGCUCUUGCUGCUUUGCGUGGUACAAAUCCUAAAUGGCAGACGCUUGGCUGGGUUCAUGGUUUUUUUGACACUGCAUACACCUUCAAGUGUGUCUGGGUGGGUUGUAUGGCCUGGAG